AUGAGUAAAGAAAAAUCAACAACAAAUGCAUCGGCAGUUCUAAAAGGUGCAGAAGGUCGUCGACGUAUCAAUAUUCAACAGAUGCAAAAUGUUCUUCUGAUCUGGUUAGACAAUAACAUUAACGAGAAUAACGACGAUUGCCAAAAUACAAUCACAAAACUGCGAUGUGCUGUGAAUGACAUCAAUACAUUUACAGACGCUAAUCAAUGCUUUGAAUUCAUUGAAACAAUCGUCGACAAAAAGGUUUGUAUGAUCAUAUCUGGAUCACUUGGACAACAUGCUGUGUCUUGUAUGCAUAAUGUGUUUCAAGUUGAUUCAAUUUUUAUUUUUUGUGGUAAUAAAAAACAUCAUGAACAAUGGGUCAAAGACUGGCCCAAAAUAAAAGGUGUCUUCACAGAUAUUACACCCAUCUGUGACGCAAUCAAGGAAGCUGCUCAUCAAUGUGAGCAAAAUGCUAUUCCCAUGAGUUUCGUAGGAACGAAUAAAAAGUUGGAUCAAUUAGAUCCUUCUUUUAUGUACACUCAAAUCAUCAAAGAAAUAUUAUUCACCAUCACAUUCAAUCACAACCACAUCCGAGAUUAUCUUAAUUACUGUCGCGAUGCUUUUAUAGGUAAUACAAAAGAAAUCGCAAAUAUUAAACGAUUGGAACGUGAAUAUCAUAAUAAAACACCAAUUUAUUGGUAUACCUGUCAAAUGUUCUUGUAUCCCAUGCUGAAUUCCGCAUUACGAUUGAUGGAUGGUGAUACUAUUACACGUAUGGGUUUCUUCGUUAGUGAUUUGCAUCGACAGAUUGAACAACUGCAUCGGGAACAAUAUCCCGAUACAACUGCUGCUAACAUCUUUACCGUUUAUCGUGGCCAAGGUUUUUCUAUAGGGGAUUUUGAACAAAUGAUGAAAACUAAAAGCGGUCUUAUUUCAUUCAAUAACUUCUUAUCUACUACUAAACAUCGCAAUAUAUCACUGGGUUUUGCUCAACGUGCUACGAUUAAUCCAGAUCAAGUUGGUGUACUUUUUAUCAUGAAAAUUAAUCCGGCUCUAUCAACAGCACCAUUUGCUUCCAUUGCUGGUAUUAGCAAGUUCCAAAAAGAAGAGGAAGUCUUGUUUUCGAUGCAUAGCGUUUUUCGUAUACGGGAUAUCAAACAGAUGCAUGACAAUAAUCGUUUAUAUGAAGUUAAUUUGACACUUACUGCUGACAACGAUCCAGAACUGAGCAGACUUACCGAUUACAUUCGAAAAGAGAGUUAUCCAGACAGGGAAGGAUGGGCGCGAUUGGGCUUGGUACUAUGGAAAAUGGGUCAAUUUGACAAAGCUGAAGAUAUUUAUCAAGUUUUACUUGAUAAAACAAACAACGAUGAAGAUAAGGCACCACUUUAUGCUCAUCUUGGUUUAAUCAAAGAUAAUCAAGGAAAAUAUGCCGAAGCACUUACAUUCUAUGAAAAAUCACUUGCUAUCUAUCAAAAAACUCUACCUCCCAAUCAUCCUGACUUGGCUGCUUCCUACAACAACAUUGGCAGCGUGCAUGACAGUAUGGGUAGCAAUUCAGAGGCACUUUGCUAUUAUGAAAAAGCCCUUGAAAUCAAACAACAAUCACUUCCAUUGAAUCAUCCUUAUUUGGCUUCUUCCUACAACAACAUUGGUAAUGUGCAGGCCGACAUGGGUAAUUAUCCGAAAGCACUUUUAUCUCAUGAAAAAGCCCUUGAAAUCAGCCAACAAUCACUUCCUCUCAAUCAUCCUGAUAUGGCUUACUCCUACAGCAACAUUGGUAGUGUGCAUGAAAACAUGGGUAAUAAUCCCGAAGCACUCUCUUAUUAUGAGAAAGCUCUCAAAAUUCGACAACAAUCACUUCCUCCCAAUCAUCCUGAUAUGGCUUACUCCUACAGCAACCUUGGUAGUGUUCAAGAAAAGGUGGGUAAUAAUUCCGAAGCACUCUCUUAUUAUGAGAAAGCCCUUAAAAUUCGCCAACAAGCACUUCCUCUCAAUCAUCCGGAUAUGGCUUAUUCCUACAGUAACAUUGGCGGAGUGCAUGAAAAGAUGGGUAAUUAUCCCGAAGCACUUUCAUUUCACAAAAAAGCGCUUGAAAUCAGACAACAAUUACUUCCUCCCAAUCAACCUGAUUUGGCUAUGUCCUACAACAACAUUGGCAGUGUGCAUGACAAUAUGGGUAGCAAUUCAGAAGCACUUUAUUAUUAUGAAAAAGCCCUUGAAAUCAAACAACAAUCACUUCAUCCCAGUCAUUCUGAUUUGGCUAUAGCCUACAGUAGCAUUGGUGAAGUGCAUUACAACAUGAGUAAUUAUGCGAAAGCACUUUCAUCUUAUGAAAAAGCGCUUGAAGUCAGACUACAAUCAUUCACGCCAAACUAUCCUAAUUUGGCUGCUUCCUACAACAGCAUUGGUCUGGUGCAUAGAAACAUGGGUAAUUAUUCAAAAGCACUUUCAUCUCAUGAAAAAGCCCUUGAGAUUCGACAACAAUCACUUCCUUCUAAUCAUCCUGAUUUAGCUGCUUCGCACAACAACAUUGGUUUAGUGCAUAACGACAUGGGUAAUUAUACGAAAGCACUUUCAUCUCAUGAAAAAGCCCUUGAAAUUCAACAACAAUCACUUCCUUCUAAUCAUCCUGAUUUGGCUAAGUCCUACAACAACAUUGGUAGUGUGCAUGAAAAUAUGGGUAAUAAUCCCGAAGCACUGUCUUAUUAUGAAAAAGCUGCUCAAAUUCAACAUCAAUCACUUCCUUACAAUUAUCCUGAUUUAGCUGCUUCCUACAACAGUAUUGGUAAUCUACAUUACAACAUCGGUAACUAUCCAAAAGCACUUUCAUCUCAUGAAAAAGCCCUUGAGAUUCGGCAACAAUCCCUUCCCCCCAAUCAUCCUGAUUUGGCUUCUUCCUACAACAAUAUUGGUAAUGUACAUAACAGCAUGGGUAAUUAUGCGCAAGCACUUUCAUCUCAUGAAAAAGCUCUUGAAAUCAAACAACAAUCACUUCCUCCAAAUCAUUUUGAUUUGGCUAAGUCCUAUAACAACAUUGGUAAUGUGCAUAAUAGCAUGGGUAGUUAUCCAAAAGCACUUUUAUCUCAUGAAAAAGCGCUUGAGAUUCGGCAACAAUCACUUCCUUCUAAUCAUCCUGAUUGGGCUACAUCGUACAACAACAUUGGUAAUGUACAUUACAACAUGGGUAAUUAUCCGAAAGCACUCUCAUCUCACAAAAAAGCGCUUGAAAUCAGAAAACAAUUAUUUCCUUCCAAUCAUCCUGAUUUGGCUAAAUCCUACAACAAUAUUGGUAAUGUGCAUAGCAGCAUGGGUAAUUAUCCAAAAGCACUUUCAUCUCAUGAAAAAGCUCUUAAAAUUCGACAACAAGCAUUUCCUCCCAAUCAUCCUGAUUUGGCUGUUUCCUACAACAACACUGGUUUAGUUCAUGGCAAUAUGGGUAGUUAUCCAAAAGCACUUUUAUCUCAUGAAAAAGCUCUUGAGAUUCGACAACAAUGCCUUCCUUCUGAUCAUCCUGAUUUGGCUAUGUCCUUUGGACACAUGGGUAAUACGUACAACAAGUUGGGUCAACAUUCAAAAGCGCUUUCAUUCUGUCAACAUGCUGUAGAUAUUGCACAGCAAUCACUACCAUCAAACCACUCGCAUCUUGAAUGGUAUAGAAACAAUCUGGAAGACGUGAAAAAGAAAUUAAUAAUUAAUUUUUGA